AUGGUAGCAGUACGACAGUACGAUGGUGACAGUGCGACAGUGCGAUGUCUACGACAGCACGGUGGUGACAGUGCGACAGGAAACGAUGCUUUUUGUGAUGAUGAUGAUGACGAUGUUGACGGCGGCGAGGGCGACAAUGCUAGUGAUGAUGAUUGUGAUAGUAGCGGCGGCGAGGGCGAUGGAAACGAUGCUAGUGAUAAUUGUGUAAGUGACAACGGCGAGGGCGAGGGCAACGAUGCUAAUAAUGAUGAUGGUGCUAGUGGCGAGGGUCAAAGGAAGGGCGACGAUGCUUGUGAUAAUGAUGAUUUUAGUGACGGCGGCGAGGGUGGGAGCUACGAUGCUUGUGAUAAUGAUGGUGAUAGUAGCGGGGGCGAGGGCGAUGGAAACGAUGCUAGUGAUGAUGGUGUAAGUGACGACGGCGAGGGCGAGGGCAAUGAUGUCAGUGAUGAUGAUUUUGGCGGCGGCGAGGCGAGGCGAUUAACAGUGAUAAUGAUGCAACUUUUACAAGAUAAAUUUUACUGA